UAAGUGCACGCAAUACGUCACCGCUCCAGAUCCAUCCAGCGCCGCAUGCGCGCAAGGACAUGUACUGUACAUGUACAUGCACGAUGUGGUGCAGUGCUAAUUAGCAAACUAACACAAGAUUAAGAAUGGAUCAACAGAACUUUCAGCCCUCAGGAUUAUUUGGUUCUUAUUUACCAGAGCCAAGUCUAAAUGUACCAGUUCCUUCAGGAGCAGGAACAUCAAUCUCACCAUAUCUGAAUGUUGAUCCGUACUACUUAAAUCAGGGUGGUCCACAGUUUAUUGUUCCAACAGGCCAAGCUAGAGCUAGGGGAAGAUUUGAGUUAGCAUUUUCACAAAUUGGAAGUUCUGUCAUGGCAGGUGCGAUAUAUGGCGCUCUGAAUGGCACAAGAAUUUCUGCCAGGGAAACAAAGGAAUUGAGCGGGAAGGUCCGAGUCUCUCAGAUGCUGAAUUUAGUCACGAAACAAGGCGCUUCCUCUGCUAACAGCAUUGGUGUUAUCGCUCUGAUGUACAGUGUAUUAGGCCUUGGUCUGUCUUGGGGAAGGGCAACAGAGGAUGAACUCAAUACAGUAGGGGCUGCAACAGCAACAGGACUUCUAUACAAAUCAUCAGCUGGAAUAAAGAAAAUGGCCAAGGGUGGAGUGAUUGGACUGGGUUUGGCAUCAGCUUGGUGUUUAUGGCAGAACAAAGACAAACUGAAAACAUGGAGUGUGCAAAGUUUGUGAAUGAAUGUAGACUGAUCCACACAUGCCGCUCUAUCCCAGGCCUUCUUCAUGUACAUGUGCAACAGACACUUCAUUGUGGCAUCCAUCCAAUGCAGACUCAAAGAAACAUCAUACCCGCUAAAAGGAGGACAAAUUUAAUUGUCAUUUGAUUUGCAGUGUUUUGAUAUCAGAUUCGCAAGAAAAAACUGGAACGCCCAACACCUGCAGAAAGAGCUUUGAAGAAUCUUGACAUAUCUGGAUUAGAGAAACACAAGUGAAGACACCUGCUGAAUGAUGUUUGUGUCACAUGUAAUUUGAUUGAUGAGUUGUCAGAAGAAUUUAAUUUCCUUUUGGAGGGGCGAGCAUAUGAGUUUUGUGUCAACAAUCCUUCCUUGGUCUGUUUGAGCUUGGGUUAUCUGGACCUAUUUACAAACCAUGAGCAAAUACAUGUGCCACAUUUUCAAACCACUGAAGAAAGGUUAGAAGUACAUGUACUUGUGUAUGUUGUUUACCUCUCAUAUUCACCUGUUUCAUCAUGGAAGUGUGAUUAGGAACAGGUGCUUGCUGUUUAAGGUAAUUUCUUGUAACAACCGUUCAGAGCAGGACGGGCAUAUUUGCCUCUACUUUAUGAUUGCUAAGGAAUCUUAAUUCCUCACUGUGCUUUAGUUUUACAUGCUUUGUUGUUUUUAAUUCGUUAAGUUUUUUAAAUUCAGUGAUCCACCUGACGGUGUAAUCCAAAUCUUUUCUGAGAAGAUGAAUAGUUUAUCUUGCGAUAAGUAGCUAUGUCUAUAGCUGGUUAACGUCAGAUUUUCUUACCUGAGAAAGCUUCGGAAGGCAACUUUUUUCCUGCAAAGUCUUCGAAAUUGCAAUUUAAAAUUAUGACGCAACCAAGCACGAUGCAUUAAUUCGUCAACCGCAAAAAUGAAAGAAGUCUUAAAUGAGUGUACACGUCCUUCGUGGAACAAAGAAGGGAAAUUGUGUGGGUUUACACGUCAUUUGGCAUCAAGGGGAUAAGAUGUACUCCCUGUUCCCUAUGUGUCUUAGACUUUUGAGUCGAAUUUGACAUACAUGUACUCAUGCUGAAUGAUUGAACACCAGCAUUGGUUGAUUGCAUAAGUUAUAAAUGGUCCAUGAAAUAAACGUUACUCAAAAUACGUACUGCA